AUGAAAUUAAGGCUCCUGCCAACUGCUUCGGCAAUCGCUAUAUUUGCCCAUCUUUGGAUCCUUGUUACGGGUAAUCAGACCCAAAUUUCGGCCUGGAAUGGUCACUAUCUGGACAAUGGCACCCACUAUCUGCUGUACGAGGCGCCAAAGAUCCGUAGACAGGACUAUCUGACAAUUGCGAAUAUAUCCAGUAAUCCUGCGAUAAAUGCUUUGGAAUCAAUGGAUUAUCUACCGACUCGCAUUGUGAAUGGCAAGAGAAUCAGAUGCACAAGAGCUCGUUAUCAGUGUGCCCUCCACUACCGUAGAUCCUUCAUCUGUGGAUGCGUUAUCCUGUCACGUCGCUGGAUCCUUACGGCCCACCAUUGCUUCAUCGGUGAACCCGGGGAUUACUCUGUGCGUGCCGGAUCUGUGCAGCAACGGCGAGGUGGACAGCUGCGUCGUGUCCAGAAGAUUGUGGCCCACGGGGGUUAUAAUGACUACACCAUGAACAAUGACCUGGCAAUGAUGAAGUUAAGGAGACCCCUCCGGUACAACCGAUGUGUUCAAAGGGUAAGGUUGCCCCGCAGGCGGAGAAGGAGGCGCCUGCCCAGAUGCUGCUUGGCCAGCGGAUGGGGAUUGGCAUCGGAAAAUGCUCAGAAUGUGCAGCGAUAUUUACGCGGUGUUAAAGUCUGCCGGGUGAGGCGUCGCAGGUGCGUAAGAACUUACCGGAGAGCUGGAAUCACAAUCACCAGACGAAUGAUUUGCUAUGCGCGAAGGAAUCGUGACACUUGCUCCGGCGACUCUGGUGGUCCAUUGGUCUACAAGAAUGUCCUGAUUGGAAUCACAUCCUUUGGAAUCGGAUGCGCCAGGAGGAGAUAUCCAGGGGUUUACGUCGAUAUCGGAGAUUAUGUCAGAUGGAUUAAAAGGGUCAGAAGAAGGCAUUAA